CGGCGGGGCACUUUCCAGCGGCGGGCUCUGGUUGGACCGGACGGUGCGUGUUGCGGCCGCUGGUGGCCAGGGCUCGGUGUGUCUGCGUGUCUGCGGGAACAGUGUGGCUCCAGCAUCCUCACUCGCUCGUGGUGGAAGCUGGGAAGGCAGCAGUUUACCAGCUGGGUUCUGGAGGAGCCAAGUGGAGGCAGGUUCCAUAAGGUUAUUUUCAAGAUGCAUUCAACCCUGACAGCAAGUGAAAUCCGGCAGCGAUUUAUAGAUUUCUUCAAGAGAAAUGAACAUACCUACGUUCACUCGUCUGCCACCAUCCCAUUGGAUGAUCCCACUUUGCUCUUUGCCAAUGCAGGCAUGAACCAGUUCAAACCCAUCUUUCUGAAUACCAUCGACCCAUCUCAUCCUAUGGCAAAGCUGAGCAGAGCUGCCAAUACGCAGAAGUGUAUCCGGGCUGGGGGCAAACACAACGACCUGGACGACGUGGGCAAGGAUGUCUAUCAUCACACCUUCUUUGAGAUGCUGGGCUCUUGGUCUUUCGGAGAUUACUUCAAGGAAUUGGCCUGUAAGAUGGCUCUGGAACUUCUCACCCAAGAGUUUGGCAUUCCAGUUGAAAGACUCUAUGUCACUUACUUUGGUGGGGAUGAAGCAGCUGGCUUAGAACCAGACUUGGAGUGCAAACAGAUCUGGCAAAACUUGGGGCUGGAUGACAGCAAGAUCCUCCCAGGCAACAUGAAGGAUAACUUCUGGGAGAUGGGUGACACGGGCCCGUGUGGUCCCUGCAGUGAAAUCCACUAUGACCGGAUAGGUGGUCGGGAUGCCGCCCACCUCGUCAACCAGGAUGACCCCAAUGUGCUGGAGAUCUGGAACCUCGUGUUCAUCCAGUAUAACAGAGAAACCGAUGGUGUUCUGAAACCUCUUCCCAAGAAAAGCAUUGACACAGGGAUGGGCCUGGAGCGACUGGUGUCUGUGCUGCAGAAUAAGAUGUCCAACUAUGACACUGACCUUUUUGUCCCAUACUUUGAAGCCAUUCAGAAGGGCACAGGUGCCCGGCCAUACACCGGGAAAGUUGGUGCUGAUGAUGCUGAUGGGAUCGACAUGGCCUACCGAGUGCUGGCUGACCAUGCUCGGACCAUCACCGUUGCCUUGGCUGAUGGUGGCCGACCUGACAAUACAGGGCGGGGGUACGUGUUGAGACGGAUUCUCCGCCGGGCUGUGCGAUACUCCCAUGAGAAACUCAACGCCAGCAGGGGUUUCUUUGCUACAUUAGUAGAUGUUGUCGUCCAGUCCCUGGGAGAUGCAUUUCCUGAGCUAAAAAAGGACCCAGAUAUGGUGAAGGACAUUAUUAAUGAGGAAGAAGUGCAAUUUCUCAAAACUCUCAGUAGAGGCCGUCGCAUCCUGGACAGGAAAAUUCAGAGCCUGGGAGACAGCAAAACCAUUCCUGGGGACACUGCUUGGCUCCUCUACGACACCUAUGGGUUUCCAGUGGAUCUCACGGGACUGAUUGCUGAAGAGAAGGGCCUGGUGGUAGAUAUGGAUGGCUUUGAAGAGGAGAGGAAACUGGCCCAGCUGAAAUCACAGGGCAAGGGAGCUGGUGGAGAAGAUCUCAUUAUGCUGGACAUUUAUGCUAUUGAAGAGCUCCGGGAAAGGGGUCUGGAGGCAACAGAUGAUUCUCCAAAGUAUAAUUACCAUUCGGACUCCAGUGGGAGCUAUGUGUUUGAGAGCGCUGUGGCCACGGUCAUGGCCCUGCGCAGGGACAGGAUGUUCGUGGAAGAAGUGUGCACAGGCCAGGAGUGUGGAGUGGUGCUGGACAAGACCUGUUUCUAUGCCGAGCAAGGAGGGCAAAUCUACGAUGAAGGCUACCUGGUGAAAGUGGAUGACAGCAGUGAGGACAAAACAGAGUUUACAGUGAAGAACGCUCAGGUGCGAGGAGGCUAUGUGCUGCACAUAGGAACCAUCUAUGGCAGCCUGAAAGUGGGGGAUCAGGUUCGGCUGUUUAUUGAUGAGCCCCGACGGAGGCCUGUCAUGAGCAACCACACAGCCACCCAUAUCCUGAACUUUGCCCUGCGCUCUGUGCUUGGAGAGGCUGACCAGAGAGGCUCCCUGGUUGCUCCUGGCCUUCGGUUUGACUUCACUGCCAAGGGAGCCAUGUCUACCCAGCAGAUUAAGAAGGCCGAGGAGCUGGCUAAUGAGAUGAUAGAGGCAGCCAAGCCCGUCUAUGCCCAGAAUUGUCCUCUGGCAGCAGCCAAAGCCAUCCAGGGCCUGCGGGCUGUGUUUGACGAGACCUACCCCGACCCUGUGCGAGUCGUCUCCAUUGGGGUCCCGGUGUCCGAGCUGCUGGAUGACCCCUCCGGUCCCGCUGGCUCACUCACUUCUGUUGAGUUCUGUGGGGGAACGCAUCUGCAGAAUUCGAGUCAUGCGGGAGCCUUUGUGAUUGUGAGUGAAGAAGCUAUUGCCAAGGGCAUCCGGCGGAUUGUUGCUGUCACCGGUGCUGAAGCCCAGAAGGCCCUCAGGAAAGCGGACAGCCUGAUGAAAUCUCUGUGUGCCAUGGAGGCCAAAGUGAAGGCCCAGACUGCACCCAAUAAGGACGUGCAGAGGGAGAUUGCUGACCUUGGCGAGGCCCUGGCCACCGCAGUCAUCCCCCAGUGGCAGAAGGACGAGUUCCGGGAGAAUCUCAGAUCCCUGAAGAAGGUCAUGGAUGACCUAGACCGGGCUAGUAAAGCCGAUGUCCAGAAGCGGGUGUUGGAGAGGACAAAACAGCUCAUUGACAGCAACCCCAACCAGCCCCUUGUCAUCCUGGAGAUGGAGAGCGGCGCCUCAGCCAAGGCCCUGAACGAAGCCUUGAAACUCUUCAAGACACAUUCUCCUCAGACGUCGGCCAUGCUCUUCACAGUGGAUAAUGAAGCUGGCAAGAUCAUCUGCUUGUGUCAAGUCCCCCAGAAUAUAGCCAACCGGGGCCUGAAAGCCAGCGAGUGGGUGCAACAGGUGUCAGGCCUGAUGGAUGGCAAAGGUGGUGGCAAAGAUGUGUCCGCUCAGGCCACAGGCAAGAACGUGGGCUGCCUGCAGGAGGCGCUGCAGCUGGCCACUUCCUUUGCCCAGCUCCGCCUGGAAGAUGUGAAGAACUGAGGGGGAAGGGUGGCUUCCACAGGGAGGUGUCUCCUCACUCAGAUGCAUCCGUCCAACCAGGAGCUCUCCGUCUGCCACAAGGGACAUUUUAAUCUUGGGACCUUUAAGCAGCCCCAUCUGUCCUCCUAACCCAGCAGUAACUGUAACUUAACCUGGGAGCCAGCCUGUGACUCAAUGCCCUUGUUACAUUUCUGCCCUGAACACGUCAGCACCAUCUGUUAGAACCACUACCCUAGGAUUGCUGUUUAUCGUUGUCAAGCUUGUGUCUAUAGAAAGAGUUCUCUGUAGACCCAAGGUUCUGGGCCUGCAGGAAGGAAUCAUUUUUUGCUGCAGAGAAUAAAAGGACCAUGUGCAAUACUUGA